AGCUGAUGCUGACUCGCACACAGGCUGACAAGGUAAAUACAACAGACUCAAGAUAUCGCGCUUACACAUCAGAAACCAAGAGGUGUAUAAGUAACGGAGAGCUUCUAAGAACAAGCACAACCAAGAACCGGUCACCUCAUUCCGCAUUAAUCAUGGUGGACAAAAUGGCCUCUUUUGGACAUGCGCUGCUGCGCCGUCGUGUGCUGAACUGCUCUGGGGAGGAAACGCGGUUCGCUCGGUGUCUGUCCACUCUCGAUCUGGUGGCGCUCGGCGUGGGCUCCACACUUGGUGCUGGAGUGUAUGUGCUGGCUGGGGAGGUUGCCAGAGAGAAAGCAGGCCCUGCUAUCAUCUUGUGCUUCCUUGUGGCUGCACUUUCCUCCAUGCUGGCCGGACUGUGCUAUGCAGAGUUUGGCGCACGAGUCCCUAAGACUGGGUCUGCGUACUUGUACAGCUAUGUGACAGUGGGAGAAAUCUGGGCCUUCAUCACUGGUUGGAACCUCAUCCUCUCUUACGUUAUAGGUACAGCUAGUGUGGCGCGAGCGUGGAGCUCUACGUUCGAUAACCUGAUCGAGCAGAAGAUCUCUAACUUCUUCAGGGCGUCUAUGGCCAUGAAGGUUCCUGGGAAAGUUCUUGCAGAAUAUCCGGACCUGUUUGCCCUCAUUCUCAUCCUGCUACUGACUGGAUUGCUUGCUUUUGGUGUAAGUGAAUCUGCUCUGGUGAACAAGAUCUUCACUGGGAUCAACCUGAUCGUGCUGGGCUUUGUCAUCAUCUCUGGCUUCGUCAAAGGCAACACAGCUAACUGGAACCUCACAUAUGAGGACUUCGUCAAUGAUACAAAUAUCACCGAACCAGAAAGGGUUGAAAGCACAUUUGGAAGUGGAGGUUUCGCGCCGUUCGGCUUCGGCGGCGUCUUAUCUGGCGCAGCCACCUGUUUCUACGCCUUUGUGGGCUUUGAUUGCAUUGCUACAACAAGUGAGGAAGCCAAGAACCCUAUGCGCUCCAUCCCUGUGGGCAUUGUAGCCUCUCUGCUCAUUUGCUUCUUUGCUUACUUUGGUGUGUCAGCUGCUCUUACGCUCAUGAUGCCCUACUACAAACUCAACACCCAGAGUCCCCUGCCCGAGGCCUUCAGUUACGUAGGCUGGGCGCCGGCACGCUAUAUCGUAGCCGUUGGUUCACUCUGUGCCCUUUCGACAAGCUUGUUAGGCUCCAUGUUCCCCAUGCCUCGAGUGAUCUACGCUAUGGCAGAAGACGGGCUGCUCUUCCGUUCCCUCUCUAGGAUGAACAAGAAAACCAAAACUCCACUGCUGGCGACUAUUGUGUCUGGAAUAGUGGCAGCUCUCAUGGCGUUUCUGUUUGAUUUGGCUGCUUUGGUUGAUCUCAUGUCCAUUGGGACAUUGCUUGCGUACUCUCUGGUGGCCGUGUGCGUUCUCAUCCUCAGAUAUCAGCCAGGCAACCUGAGCUCUUCCAGUCAGACUGAGAAACUGGUGGAGCUGGUCGGUGGGGAGAAGGUGGCCGUAUGUGGAGACAGUGGAGAUGAAUAUGGCAUAGACCUGGAUGACAAUCCCCGCAAAGAGAAAUUCUCCCCAAGACUCCUCCUGGUUCCUUCCAAGGACUCACCAACUGAAAUGUCAGGAACUAUUGUCUACGGAACAACCGCUAUUAUCUCUGUGCUGAUCACUGUGCUAUGCGUGGUUUUGGCUCUGCGGCUGGAAGCCAUCAUGAAUCUCGAGAUCGUGUGGGUGACGGCGUGUGUCAUUCUGGUCCUGCUGUGCAUCUCGUGUGUCAUUGUGAUCUGGAGGCAGCCUGAGAGCAAGGAAGCUCUCACCUUCAAGGUGCCUCUGUUGCCCUGGCUGCCUCUGUUCAGUAUCUUUGUCAACAUCUAUCUCAUGAUGCAGCUGGACGUGGCCACCUGGUGCCGCUUCACCGUGUGGAUGUGUGUCGGUUUCGCAAUCUACUUCGGCUACGGCAUCCGGAACAGCACCGAAGCCAUGAACAGCUCCCUCCGAAAAUACGAGCCGGCCCUUCAGAACAAAAGCCCCAUAUACCUAGGCGGUGAGGAGAGUGAAAUGGAGGGCAUUUCUCUCUGAUAGGGAGAGUUUGACGGGCAUGUUGCCCUACGCAUUUUCAUUGAAGUUACAGAUUUAUUGUGAAAACGUGGCUCAUUCAUUGUAGAAACUGCCCUAAACGUCUCAAUUGCUAAAGGAUUCUUAAAAGAACCCGAAGUGUUUUCCGUUAAGAGGUUGUUGUGCAGCCUUGGCCCUCCAGUACUGUAAAUGCUGGUUUGAAUGUCCUGCUGUAAUCGCUAGUACUGUGAUGGCCAUAUUAUCUGGCAGACAAUGAGCUGACGGUGUACAGGGUAUUUAAUUUUCGGGAUUGAGCUCCAAGCGUGUUGUUUGUGCACCUUUGGGUCCAAAACGGUCUCCUUUCACCUCCUGGUUUCCCAGAAUGAGGUUGUGAAGUACAACAGGGACCCCUAGUGUUCACAAUUUGAAAAUGGCAAUACCGUUGGACAGUAUUUGUGGUCAUUGGUUACUGUUAGACAGAAUAAUUGAAGAAAUAAAAAAAAAAAAACUGACUGAAAUGCUAAAAUCCCAUGAGUUUGAGAGUUGUCCAAAGAGUGUAUGGAUAGAAAAAUGGUUUCCAUUUCCUAAGUGUGACGGUGUGUUAUUAGCACUGCUGUCUGCUGUGUGUUGGGAUAAUGUUAUUAGCCAGUGUGGUAUAAAAUGCUAGUAUUUUAAAGUGUGUGUGUGUGAGAGAGAGAGAGAGAGAGAGAGAGUUUUGAAUGGAUUGUAUAAGGUUGCGCCAGAAUCUGUUCCGUUUUACAAAAUACUAAAUUAUUUUUUGGAAAAAACUGUUUUAUAUGGACAUGUAUAGUUUACCCAUCCAACUCCUUAAACUUGAUGAUUUUACUUUGGCAUACUGUAUAACAGUGUUUCUAGACAACAUUUAUGGAAGGUUGCCUUCGUAACUGUUGUUUCUGCCAAAACUACUUACACUACCGUUCAAAAGAUUUAUU